UUUCAAUAAUGUACAGUGCAGUCGCGUCCACAGAAGCGCAAGGGCAGCUGCUUACAGCGUCCCUCUCGCGCAGCUGCUCCACGAUCUUCAAAACACUGCUCGCGCACACAGAUCCGAAAACAUUGUCUGGGAUCAUCUUUCCUGGCUUCUCCGCGACGCAGCGCAACAUCGCUCCACAUCACAACAUCGCUCCACAUCACCGGCGCAUCCAACCGACAUGGCCUCGUCCGUGAGCGGAGCGGAGGAGGUGCGCGUGUCGGCGUUGACGCCCCUGAAGUUGGUGGGUCUGGUGUGUAUUUUCCUCGCGCUGUGCCUGGAUGUUGGGGCCGUGCUGAGCCCGGCGUGGGUCACCGCGGAUGACCAGUACCACUUGUCCCUGUGGGAGUCGUGCAGGAAGCACGCUGCCUCCGCGGACUGGAAGUGCGACAGCACGCUGGGGCAGAAAGGGACCGACUGGCAGAUUGCCACAUUGGCCUUGUUGUUGGGUGGAGCAUUCCUUAUUCUCCUUUCCUUCCUGGUGGCCCUGGUGUCUGUCUGCAUUCGCUCCAGGAGACGCUUCUACCGACCAGUCGCUGUUAUGCUCUUUGCUGCAGUGGUCCUACAGGCCUGCUGUUUGGUGCUGUAUCCCAUCAAGUUCAUCGAGACCAUCAGUUUGAGCAUAUACCACGAGUUUAACUGGGGCUACGGUCUGGCUUGGGGAGCCACCAUCUUCUCCUUCGGAGGAGCUAUUCUCUACUGCCUGAACCCUAAGAACUACGAAGAUUACUACUAAACAUGCUACGACACCCAUAAUGAACUUCAAUGUCCUCUUCACUGUUGCACUGAACGUUCAUUUGGAACUGACCCUUUGCAAACACACAAAGACCCUUAAAAUGCAGGGCAAUGCCGAGCUGUUAGAUGCAUAGAUUUGGAUCCUUUUUCCCUCAGAUUACUCUUUCACACAAUUAAACCCCAUCAUCAAACUCUAA